AUCAAGAGUCAGUCUUUUUGUUUUUGUUGCCCUCACAUACCACUUGGACAUUUUGUGCAGAUUUUAUCUCUCACAGUUUGCAGAGUUUAUUGCCUCCCUCUCCGAAAAAGGAUCAUUCAAUUUGUCUGAUAGUGUUCGUCAAAAAGCAGAAGUUGGUCUAUUCACCAGCCUCCUGCGUGCACUUCCUCGUACCACCGAGCCAUGGCGCCAUAAUCAAAAAGACGGGUUCACAUUUGGGGGGGUUCCACCUCUGCCUGUGUCACAUGGAAGCGCAGUCGCUGAGCCGAGGGGAUGCAAGGAGAGAUGGAGGGGGCUUGAGGGACCGUGGAGGAGAAAUCUGGCACUCGGAGGUAACACUGGAGAAAGCUCGGCGGCAGCGGGGAAGCAGACGGACUGCGUAAAGGCUCUCCCCCUCCUGGCUGGGGAGCGCGCGGACAGGGGGCGACGACAGGGGUCAGCUGGCAUUUAGAGAGCACCACAUGCAAUAUGCAGCAUCCCUGUUUUGUGAAGCCCACGAGAGACAAGUUUUUUGCCUUUGGUUGAUUAUGUUUGCGUGGAGCGCCGGAUCCGCAGGGAAGAGAAAACUGACAGAAGCGGAUGCUGCGCCUCAUAUCUGUGAGCUGAGUGGAAAAACAACAGUGGGUGGAACCUGGUGAAGCUAAAAUAACACAGUGAGACCGUGACACCUCUCUGCGUGCAUGAGCGUGAGGGUGUGAGUGUGUGUGCGUGCGUGAGAGCGAGCGAGCGUUAGCGCUCCCACAUGGCCUCCAUGCAGGACGGGCUGAACUUCACGGCUCCUCCCUACGGCAAGGUCCUGCUGCUGGGCGCUAUCGCUGCUGCUUCGGCCUUCGUUGUUACCAUUCUCAUUGUGGUGCUCUGCGUGGGCUGCCAGAGGAAGGGGAAGGCACACAAUGUUCCUGGUGAAAGUGGAAAACACCGUCUCAUGGACAUGCAGGGUAUACUCAAGCAGUCCAAACUGCGGUCAAUCAGUAAAUCAGACACUGAGAUGAACAAGAUGAACUGCAAUGGCAAAAGCAGGCAGCUUCCCCAGAUCCCCUCUGGGACUGGAGAGGACGGCGAGCACACUUACUCUGAAGUGGGCCAACGCUCCUCCACUACACGUACUGACGAUACCCUGUACGCCAUGGUAGGCAGGGCCGGGCAGACGGACACUCCAGCCCCUCCAGCGGUGCCUGCCAACACCCCAGCACCUCCAGACCCAGACGGGGACGUGGAAGAAGGACUGCCUGAAGCCGAGGCCCCGGUCAUGACACCCCCUCAACCUCCAGAGACUGCAGAGUACGCCUGCGUCAGGAAGCUGAGGAAGGCAGAAAAGGCGCCACAGAAGAGGGACAGCGGGACGGAUAUGGGCGAUCCGCCGGCGCCUCCUCCACGACACGCUCCACCUUCACAUCCAGCACCUCCUCCACCACACCCCCACAGCACAAAGUUGCCCCGACGAAACAUUGAGGCCUUUAAUGUCCCAUCAUUCCCAAAGGAAGUGAUGUUUAUGGGCAAUGGAGAGCAGUACAUCUGGAAGCCUCCAGAGGAUGAAGACGUGUUCGUGCUCCAGAAUAAAGCUGCGGGCCCGCUGGGCGCGCACACCGUGGAGAAUAUUCAACCGUCUGCUGCUGCUGUGGCUGAGAUGUACUCUAAAGUCUGCAAACCUGGAAAGAAGAAGAGAGCAGUGCCGGGCUCUCCCCCAGCCAACCUUGGCUUCCGGACCUUAGGUCGAGGUGAGCGGGACCGAGACCGAGACGGUGGCUUUAGUGUUGUGGUCAAACCCCAGACAUGGGCCCCUCAGGAGGGAAAAGCGGUCGGAGGGCCGCUGGACGACCAUUGCUACGAGUCCAUAGGAGCAGAGGAGUGUGACCUGGCCUAUGAAAACGUAGAGGUCGGCGGUGUUUGGAAGCGAGAGAGGCCCCCCAACACCUGUGCCACCUUGCGGCCGAGGAGGAAGAAAGCCCAGCAGCCCUUGCAGCAGCAGCAUCCCCCUCCACCGCCGCCCACACAGCAGACCCCCAAGUUACAACACCUGCCCGCAAAAGCGCUCCUGCUGCCAGGGGAAAAUCUGUACGAGAGCAUAGGCGACCUAAAGCAGGGCUCGGCCACUUCCAGCACGACCACCAUCUUCACCUUCAAUGAUGGCAUGGAGAUGUACGUAACAGGGCUCUGAGACAGCGGCUGCACUGUGAACCCCUUUUCCUUCCAACACAGCCGAGCCACAGAGAGUGACGGCUGGGCCCCUGUCAUGCUCAUCCACACAUACUGUUUACAUUCAAGUCAUAACAUCAAGCUUUUCACGGCUCCAGAGGCCUUGGGGUAGUAAAGUUGAUCUGUUAUGACCUGGGCUGAAUACAAAGUCCUGAAAAAACGUCCAAAGGUAGUGAAAAAAAAAUGAGCACAAGACUAUUGCAGAGUAAAAUCUGUAGGUAAAAGUAGCACUUCCGUCGUACUGAUAUGUGCAAAGCACAAUAACGUUAAAAAAAACCUAAAUUCCUCAAUUCUGGUGGGUUAAAAAUGGGUGUAUGUGGUCCAAGGUGGACCUCUUUGUGUAAAACAUUACGGUAGCAAAGCUUGUGAACAGGCCUUCCCGGUUUUUGAUGAGAUGUGAACCCGGAUGUAGUUAAAUGAUUAAAAAAAUAUAUAUAUCAAAAUACUUGAAAGCUCAGGGACCAAGAAAAGUGACAAGAGUAGUAUUAAAGAAAAAAGAAAAAAAACUUUGCACACAUUUCGCAUUCCUCCUAAAAGAUUCAGAUCAUGUUCAUACUCAGAGAGCCGAUCAGAUACUUCCCUCCAUCUUUCACUCCUCAUGGACUGAACACUGUCUCCCCUGCCUGUAAAUGAUGUUUUUACUUUGUUAAUCCUGUUUCUGCACUUUGCCUGCUACAAGUUGCAUGCCUAUAAAAGCAAGAAAAAAGAAAAAAAAAAGUCAAGCACUGUCAUGUGGUACUUCUAUAUGAAUGUUUUUUUUUUCUUUUUUUUGUUUUUGUCGUUGGUCUUUUAAUUUAUUUAAUUUUUAGCGUGUUGCUUUAUUUUUUUGUAGAGUUCAGAGCCUGUUAGAUUAAGGAUGUCCUCGGCUUGGCAGGGCUCCCCUGGAGCUGGGAGGAUUCUUGGUUUCCUCUCCCGUGCACAGAUGAAACAAAGAACUGUUCGAGUCCCAAAGGGGGAGACAGUCCACUACACCCCUCUCCCAAUCACCCCCCUCCCCCCCCUUGUCUGCUCAGACCUCAUAUCUGUGGAGCGUUCAUCUCCAUAGUCCCUUGCCUUGUGGUCAUCACAAAUCUGCUUUGGUUUCAUCAUAGUGCAGCGUGGAAAGCUACAGUAGAACUGAUGUGUGUUAGCAAAAUGUCACGUCUCAUCAUCCUGCCACUGACAAACACUCUGUUAUCUGUGUUGAAAAUAUCGCAGAAACGACUACAGAAAGAAAAAAAAAGAUAAAUGAAACAAGCAGUUCGCUAAGCAGCAGAGCAUCACCCCGAGGAUCAACACACUGAAAUUGUAUCCAAAAAUCCUGGACAGUAACUUCACUCAACCAAAUAUCCCCAGCGAACAAUGUGAUUACUCUGUAUGUUGAUGCAAUGUGUAUGUACAUGACAAAAAAAA